AUGAAUAUUGAGCGAUACGUUUCUAUAUUUUAUAAGUUCAACCUGUUGCUUACUUCAACCUCGUUCCCAAACUGUUGCUUACUGAAACUCGUUUCCAAACUGUUGUUUACUUCAACCUCGUUCCCAAACUGUUGCUUUUUUCAACCUUGUUCCCAAACUGUUGCUUACUUCAACCUCGUUCCCAAACUGUUGUUUACUUGCUACUUGUUGACUAUCUACUUACUAGAAAAUAAAAUUCACGUGUUUACCUGUUUCGUUAGGCUUCCGUUAAAUUAUACUAAAUUAUUAACUUUUGCUGUCUUCUGGUGUAUUUCCAGAGAACACUCUUUUAUUGCCCGACUCAGUUCGAACAUUCCCCAUCCUCCCCAAAAACGUAAGGUAGCUGCCGACACUUCCAAUCCUAUAUUUAAGGUUCUUUCGCCAUUUCUUAACCGGAUUUACUGUCAAAUUCACCACGCGAAACAUGCUAAUACCUGUACGAUACCGUCCUUACACAAGAAGGAUGAAGGUAAACAAACGAAAGAUGUUGCGUCCGCCAUCGAUGAUUCCCAACAAUACAGGUUGGACGAACUGAACAGAGGAGAAGACGGUGACGUAAAGAUGAUCCGAAUCACGUCAUUGGUUAUAUCAUGUUUGUUAUUUGUAUCUAAACUGUCCGCACAAGGUUUGUGUCCAAACGAGUUGGUGACGAUCAUUGAUGUAUCGGGCACUAUUAGCGACGAAAAAUUUCAGAGAACUGUCGACUUCACUAUUGAAAUGAUUCAGGCGUUAAAUUUACCUUACGAUAGAGCUGGUGUCGUGUUGUUCUCUGAGAAAGCCAUGACUGCAAUCGAGUGCAACGAUUUCACGGAUAGUAUGGCAUACAAAAAAAGAUUAAUGGAAUUACGAAGAGAUGGUUUAGGAGAUUUAACAAACACAAGCGCAGGCCUAAUGGAGGGCGAAAGAGUGCUCAGUUCAAAUGGGUGUGGUCAAAGAUCUAAUCUCAGUCAAAUCAUGGUAGUUAUAACUGACGGAAGGGCAAAUCGAGGUAAGAACCCUGUUCUAGUAGCGCAGACGAUUAGAAGAAAGGCAAUACAGAUUAAUGCUAUUGGACUACUUCCUGCAGUAAAUGUGGAAGAGUUGGAUGGUAUUACUGGUGACAAAAAUAGAGUAUGUAUUAAACAUUAUACUGACUCACUCACUGAUUGUGUCCCAAAUUUAACAAGAAGGGAUUGUGUUAACACAGUAGCUCGUUCUCCUACUUCCACAACAACAACUACAACACCGACUACAAGUACUUCUACUUCUACUUCUACCUCAACGACAACAACCACUACAACAGAACCAACCUCAACCACAACUACAACAGAACCAACCACAACCACCACUACAACAGAACCAACCACAACAACCACCACAACAGAACCGACCACAACCACGACUACAACAGAACCGACCACAACCACGACUACAACAGAACCAACCACAACCACCACAACAGAACCGACAACCACCACCACUACAACCACAACCACCACAACAGAGCCAACCACAACCACCACCACAACAGAACCGACCACAACCACAACCACUACAACAGAAGCGACUACAACCACCACUACAACAGAACCGACUACAACCACAACACAACCGACUACAACCACAACCACAACAGUGUCGACUACAACUUCGACCACUGCAUCGACAACCAUUCCUACUAAAAAGGGAUUUGCACCAACAAAACGCCCAGUGACAACUAAACGCCAUUUUACCGCCCAUACUACACACAAGCCGAUGUUCCGUCGUCAUUAUUACCGAAUUCGCACAACAAAGAAACCUGCGCCAAUAAAACCAGUCAUGAUAACUAAACGCUAUUACACUGCCCACACUACACACAGUCCUAGGUUCCGUCGUCGUUAUUACCGAAUUCGUACAACUAAGAAACCUGCGCCAAAAAAACCAGUUAUGAUAACUAAGCGCCAUUACACCGCUCAUACUACAAAAAAGCCCAUGUUCCGUCGUCGUUAUUACCGAAUUCGUUCAACUAAGAAGCCUGCGCCAAUGAAACCAGUUGUGAUAACUAAGCGCCAUUACACCGCUCAUAGUACAAACAAGCCGAUGUUCCGUCGUCGUUAUUACCGAAUUCGUACAACUAAGAAGCCUGCGCCAAUGAAACCAGUUAUGAUAACUAAGCGCCAUUACACCGCCCACACUACAAACCAGCCUAUGUUCCGUCGUCGUUAUUACCAGAUUCGUACAACAAAGAAACCUGUGCCAAUGAAACCAGUUAUAAUAACUAAACGCCAUUACACCGCCCAUAGUACACACAAGCCCAUGUUCCGUCGUCGCUAUUUCCGAAUUCGAACAACUCAAAAACCAAAUCGACCGCUUGUGCUUCGCUGGCAGAUAAAGAAAACUACUUGACCAUUCCACCUUUUG